AUGUGUUGCAACUAUGGCAGCUCCUGUGGCUAUGGCUGUGGAUAUGGCCCCUAUUAUGGCUGUGGUUAUGGAAUAAGCUAUGGCUGUGGCUAUGGUAGGGGAUGUGGCUGUGGAUAUGGCUCCUGGUAUGGCUGUGGCUCUGGCUGUGGAUAUGGCUCAGGUUAUGGCUGUGGCUAUGGCUCCUGUUGUGGCUAUGGCACCAGAUAUGGCUGUGGCUGUGGCUAUGGCUCUGGUUGCUGUGGCUACUGGCCAUUUUGCUAUAGAAGAUGUUAUUCUUCUUGCUGCUAG